AUUAGUGCGUCGGCGUGCCCGGUGCGGCGGCGUUUUUAUUGAGACGAGACUGAGAGAGAGGGAGAAGCUCUAAAGCGAAUAUCGUAGAAGCAGAAAAAGGUUUUUGAAAAAUGGGAGAAUCAGGAGAGCAAUCAUUUUUCAAAGAGUUCGUGGGACAAAGGUUUUCGUUUCUUCAGAACUAUUCUAGAUUCAUCAAGCCUGAUAAGCCUCUUCCUUCUUGGUCAUCUUCUGACGUCAACGAAUUCAUCGCCUCCGAUCCCGUUCAUGGCCCCACUUUGAAGACUACUAGGGAAGCGGUGAACUUUGCUAUCACUGGAAGUAUUCUUGGAGCAGCAUCGACUGCUGGUAUUUCAUGGAAAUAUUCAAAGAGUGUACAUGGUACUGGAUUGGCCUUAGCAGCUGGAGCUGUUUUUGGUUGGACAUUUGGGCAUGAAGUUGCCAAUCACUGGUUUCAACUUUACAGGUUGGACACUGCGGCUGCACAGGGCAAGUUUAUGGAAUGGUUGGAAAGAAAGGCUCAGGGAAGGGCAUAAAUAUCAUCUGCAUAUGAAAGUAGUGCAGAAACUUUGUUUCCCUUUCUAGAAUAAGAGAUAAGUGCCUCCAUGUUCAAAAUGUAAUGGUUGAUUUACUUAUGCAGGCUCUGGUUGAUGUUGGAAUUUUGCAUAUUUGGGUUUGAAGGAGUGUUAAUCAUUUUAAUGUUUUCAUGAAGCAAAUUGAUAGAAGUGUUUAAAUUUUCAUGGUUCAUGCCCAUAAAUAAGUUGAAUUGUGUUAAA